AUGUCGGAAACGGACAAGAUGUCGGCGACAGAGAUGGAGCGAAAACUGAAGAAAGAAGAGAAGGCUAGAGACAAAGAGAUGAAAAGGCUUAAGGCGCUGGAGAAAGCCAAGCUCGCACAAUUGCAGGCGUCUAAACCGAAAUCAAUGGAAGAGAAGAAGAAGAAGAAGAUCGGCAAGGAAGAAGACAAUCCAGCAGAUUUCAUCGACCCAGAAACUCCACUCGGCGAGAUGAAGAAGCUCUCUUCACAGAUGCCCAAGCAAUACAAUCCAUCCACUGUUGAAAAAUCAUGGUAUGAAUGGUGGGAGAAAUCUGAGUUUUUCAAAGCCGACGCGAAGAGCUCAAAACCAAACUUCGUGAUUCUCCUCCCUCCGCCUAACGUCACGGGAGUCUUACACAUCGGCCACGCGCUAACCUGCGCAGUCCAGGACACGCUGAUCCGCUGGAAGCGAAUGUCCGGCUACAACGCGCUCUGGCUUCCCGGGUUCGACCACGCCGGCAUCGCCACACAGGACGUCGUCGACAGAAACCUCCGCCGCGAAACGGGGAAAUCAAGGCACGACAUUGGCCGCGAGGAGUUCGUGAAGCAGGUCUGGGACUGGACGCACAAGUACAGCGGCACGAUCAAAACGCAGCUCCGGCGUUUGGGGUCGUCUCUCGACUGGUCUCGCGAAGUGUUCACACUGGACGAGCAGAGAUCAAAGGCCGUAACCGAAGCCUUCGUGAGGCUACACAAGGAAGGCGUGAUCUACAGAGGCGACCAGCUCGUGAAUUGGGACUGUUUCUCGAGAUCAGCGAGAUCUGAUGAAGAGAUUGAACACAUUGACAUCAAAGGAAGAACUUUAAAGAACGUUCCUGGGUAUGAGAAGCCUGUGGAGUUCGGUGUGAUGACGUCUUUCGCUUAUCCUCUCGACGACGGAUCUGGAGAGUUUGUUGUUGUUGCGACGACGAGAGUGGAGACAAUGCUCGGUGACACCGCGAUCGCUGUUCAUCCUGAUGAUGCGAGAUACAAGCAUCUCCAUGGGAGAUUCGCUGUGCAUCCGUUUAACGGAAGGAAGCUACCAAUCGUUUUGGAUGAGGAGCUUGUUGAUCCGGAGCUUGGCACUGGCUGUGUUAAGAUUACACCAGCGCAUGAGCCUAAGGAUUACGAGGUUGGGAAGCGGCACCAUCUCGAGGCUAUAAACAUAUUUAGUAAUGAUGGGAGGAUUAACGAGAACGGUGGGGUUGAGUUCGCAGGGAUGCAGAGGUAUCUGGCUCGUGAAGCUGUUGUGGAAGCUCUGCGUGAGAAGGGAUUGUUUAGAGGUGUGGAGGAGAAAGAGAUGAGGAUUGGGAUUUGUUCAAGAAGUGGUGAUGUUGUGGAACCUAUGUUGAAGCCUCAGUGGUAUGUGAAUUGCAGGGAGAUGGGGAAAGAGGCGCUUGAUGCUGGUUGUAACGGUAAGCUUGAGAUUAUACCGAAGAUGUACUCAGCUGAUUGGAGGAGAUGGUUGGAGAAUUUGCAUGACUGGUGCAUCUCCAGGCAGAUUUGGUGGGGUCAUAGGAUCCCGGCUUGGUACGUUACGCUUGAGGAAGAUAAGCUUAAGAAGUUUGGUGCUUACGUUGACCAUUGGGUUGUUGCUAGGAGCGAGGAGGAAGCUAGAGAAGAAGCUGAGGUUAGAUUUGCUGGGAAGAAGCUGCUUGAGCUCUCUCAAGAUCCUGAUGUGCUUGAUACGUGGUUCUCUUCAGGGCUGUUUCCUUUGUCUGUUUUUGGAUGGCCGGAUCAAACCGAGGAGCUUAAAGGUUUUUAUCCAUCUUCUGUUCUUGAGACUGGACUUGACAUUCUGUUCUUCUGGGUGGCUCGGAUGGUUAUGUUGACGAUGAAGCUGAGUGAUGGGGAGGUUCCUUUCAGCAAGGUUUAUCUGCAUCCGAUGGUACGUGAUGCACAUGGACGCAAGAUGUCGAAGUCUCUUGGGAAUGGGAUUGAUCCGCUUGAAGUGAUCAACGGUGUGACUCUCGCUGGUCUUCAGAGCAGGUUGGAGAAAGGUAACUUGGAUCCCAAGGAACUGGUUGUUGCCAAGGAAGGGCAAGUGAAGGAUUUUCCGAAUGGUAUCGCUGAGUGUGGCGCUGAUGCUCUUCGGUUUGCGCUGGUUUCGUACACUGCUCAGGGCUAUAACAUAAACAUGGAUGUCCAGCGAGUUGUUAGUUACCGCCAGUGGUGUAACAAACUUUGGAACGCGGUUAGGUUUGCAAUGAUGAAGCUUGGUGAUGAUUACACUCCUCCUGCUUCUGUGAAAGCGCUAAGCCCUGAAACCAUGCCUUUCAGCUGCCAGUGGAUUCUCUCUGUGUUGAACAAGGCGGUCUCAAAGACUGUGGAUUCGUUGAAUGCGUUUGAGUUGUCAGAUGCAGCCAACACUGUGUAUUCUUGGUGGCAGUACCAGUUUUGUGAUGUGUUCAUUGAAGCAAUCAAGCCUUGUUUCUCUGCUGACGACAACCUUGGAAGGACUGAUGCUCAAGACGUUCUCUGGAUUUGUCUUGAGACUGGCUUGAGAUUGCUUCAUCCGUUUAUGCCUUUCGUCACCGAGGAGCUGUGGCAGCGGUUGCCUUCGCCGAGAGACUGUGAACGGAAGGCUUCUAUCAUGAUCUGCGAUUAUCGUCUCCGGUAG